AUGGCGCAAGAUUAUGUCAUUUGUGACUCACCGCCUUCGGAGUUAACGGCUCUCUGGUGCAUCAGGAGUCGUGCACUUCGCCCAUUUGUGAGUCGGGCUCGUGGCUUCGCAUCUGUUGCUGAUCACACGCGGCCGUAUGAUGUCGUUGUGAUUGGAGGCGGCCAUGCUGGAUCAGAGGCAUGCGCGGCCGCUGCUCGCUCUGGAGCGCGCACUGCACUGGUGACCCCCUCACGGGACAACAUUGGUGUCUGCUCGUGCAAUCCCAGCUUCGGUGGUAUUGGAAAGGGCACAAUGAUUCGCGAGGUGGAUGCGAUGGAUGGUGUUGCUGGUCGUAUCAUCGAUAAGGCUGGAGUCAGUUUUCGAAUGUUGAACCGUUCUAAAGGUGCUGCCGUUUGGGGACCGCGUGCGCAGAUCGAUCGCGAUCUAUACAAGCGUCAUAUGUCUGAGGAACUAAGUGGCACAGAAAACCUGAGCAUUGUGGAAGGGAAAGUGGCGGAUAUCGUUCUCUCCAAGGAAGGAAUUGAGAGCAUACCUGGUGCGCAGGGCAAAAUCGUUGGUGUGCGGCUGGAGUCUGGAGAGGUUAUUCCUACAGGCCGGGUGGUCAUCACGACGGGCACAUUUCUGGGUGGUGAGAUUCACAUCGGACUGGAUGUAUUUCCUUCAGGUCGCAUGGGCGAGGCCCCCACAUACGGUCUGAGCAAGUCUCUCCGUGAUGCAGGAUUCCAACUUGGACGCUUGAAGACCGGCACACCACCUCGGCUGGACAAGAAAACGAUUGAUUUCUCUGCUUUGGAAGUCCAGAAGGGUGAUUCACCACCCAGUCCAUUCUCCUAUCUCAAUGAAAAAGUGGAAGUGAGCGAUGAAGGUCAACUCGACUGCUGGAUGACCAGCACCAAUGAGGCUGCUCAUGAUAUUAUCCGCGCCAAUUUGGACAAGUCCAUUCACAUCCGGGAAACUGUACGCGGUCCGCGAUACUGUCCCUCCUUGGAGUCCAAGGUCAUCCGAUUCAAAGACAAGACCCAGCACAAAAUCUGGCUUGAGCCAGAAGGCUUCGCCCCGAACGAUGUGAUUUACCCGAACGGCAUCUCAAUGACCGUCCCUGCUGAUGCACAGUAUGCCAUGCUGAAAGUUAUUCCCGGUCUGGAGAAUGUGAACAUGCUACAGCCUGGCUACGGCGUGGAAUAUGACUACAUUGACCCUCGCAAUCUUCGCCCCACCCUCGAAACAAAAUUGAUUAGCGGUCUUUAUCUCGCAGGCCAGAUCAACGGCACAACUGGUUACGAAGAAGCAGCUGGACAAGGCAUUAUCGCAGGAACGAACGCCGGUCUCGAGUCACAGAACAGAGCACCUCUCACACUCACUCGCUCCGAUGGCUUCAUCGGUAUCAUGAUCGACGACCUCAUCACCAAGGGCGUAUCAGAACCAUACCGCAUGUUCACAACUCGAAGCGAGUACCGUCUCUCCACACGUUCCGACAACGCAGACCUCCGUCUGACACGCAUGGCCCACGAGGCAGGCGUUGUCACCGACAAGCGUUGGCGCGCAUUCACCGACACCGAGGCCCAGAUUCAAGAAUUACAGAAGCUUCUAGCCAACACCAGGCUUCCAUCAGCGGCUUGGUCUCGUCAAGGCUUCAGGGCCGGGCCUGACUCCGCUCUCCGCACCGGCCUGGAUCUCCUUUGCCUGGAAGGCACCGACAUCAACGACGUGAUUAACGCGAUCCAGUCCGCGCCGGGCACAGCGUUCACCCCCAACUCCUUUGCACCCGAGAUUCGCACUCGUGUAGCCAUUGAGGGUCGCUACGCACCAUACCUGAUACGCCAGCAGAAGAUGGCAGUCCGAUUGCAGCAGGAUGAGAGCCUUGUCUUGCAUCCGGACCUGGACUAUAGCAAGAUAUCUGGUAUCAGCACCGAAGAGAUGCACGCUCUCGAGCGGGUGCGGCCAGUGAACCUUGGUAUGGCAAAGCGCAUCGAAGGUGUGACUCCCGAGGGUGCUUUGCGCUUGCUGAUGUACAUCCGGAAAGGCAAGGACUACCGCGGGCACUCGAAGGAGAUUGACGGUGAGAACUCAGUCGCCGAUGUGCUCCGCGCCUCGCCUUGA